AUUGCUCUGCAACCAGGAAGUAGCCUCUCAGAAUUUGGGUGUGAGGCUACAAACGCGAGUAGUAUAGUUUAGUUUUACUAUGCUUUUUAUCAUACAAUAACUUAUAACUACAGCCAGUUUCACUCGAAUGAAUAUUCUUCCAAGUAGAGUAAAGAAAAAAAGUCAAGCUCCCUGCAUGGUGUGUGCACUGACCGCAGAUGGUGCUGGUCGAAAGUGUGCGGAGCUGCCUGCUUCGCCACCGCCGCAACCUGGAGCAGGACAUCGAGCCCUGUUACCUGAUGGAUCACAUGAUCAGUGACGGCGUCCUGACUGGGGAGGAGGAGGAGCGCAUCAGCUCCCUGACGACGAAGGAAGAUCAGGCAGUGGCGCUGCUGGAACUGCUCCUCAAGAAGGACAACAAUGCUUUCAUCUCCUUCUACAAUGCCCUGGUCAAGGAGGCCUAUGAGGAUUUGGCCAGCUUGCUGCACGACUGCAUUCCUGGCGCUUUACCGGAGUCAUUUCAGAGUUAUUCAGCUAGCUAUGUCCAAACAGUGCUCAGUGAAGGUGGGGUGCCUCAGAGGCCAGUGGUCUUUGUCAACCGACCAGAACUGGUCAACGGGAUCCGGGAGAAACUGUACCGUCUCCAAAUGGAAGCGGGCUGGGUGACAGUGUUCGGCAUGGCCGGGUCAGGCAAAUCUGUUCUAGCUGCUGAAGCUGUCCGAGACCACCGUCUCAUUGAAGAGUGUUUCCAAGGAAGCGUCCAAUGGCUAUCCAUCGGCCAGUUGGACAAAGCCGACCUGCUGGUGAAGAUCCAAGCGCUGUGCUUUCGCCUGGAGCAGAGCCUGGACACCCAGUUUCUUCACCGGCCUCCCACCUCUCUGGACGAAGCCAAGGAACGCCUGCGCUUCCUCAUGCUGCGCAGAUACCCAAGAUCUCUGCUGGUUCUGGACGACGUCUGGGACAGCACGGUGCUCAAAUCAUUUGAUAUCAACUGUCGCAUUCUGCUGACCACCAGAAACAGAAGCCUUGCUGAUUCCGUUAGCGGUGUUAAGUACGAAGUAGAGGUUGCUAGUGGUCUGGAUGACAAGAAGGCACUGGAGAUUAUCGCCUUGUACACCGGAAGCACACCUGAGGGACUACCAGAGGAGGCUCCUAGCAUCGUGAGAGAAUGCAAAGGCUCGCCUCUGGUGGUCUCGCUUAUUGGAGCACUGCUCAAAGAGAAACCCAACCGCUGGCGCUACUACUUGCGUCAGCUGCAGCAGAAGCAGUUCAAGCGCAUACGGAAGUCGUCUUCGUACGACUACGACGCGCUGGACCAGGCCAUGUCCGCUAGCAUUGAGGUGCUUCCCGACGAACACCGAGAGCUGUACAGGGACCUCGCUGUGUUCGAGAAGGACGUCAAAAUUCCUGCUAAGGUCUUGUCCGUCCUGUGGGACCUGGAGCCGGAGGAGGUGGAGGACAUUCUAGAGGAGUUUGUCAACAAAUCUCUGCUGUUUGUGGACAGUCACAGCAGACCGUACUUGUACUACCUGCACGACCUCCAGCUGGACUUUCUGGCCGAGCAGAACCACGCCCAACUGGAGAACCUUCACACCAAAGUGGUGCGUCAGUACCAGCAGCACUACAGCCAUGCCCCGCCCAUAUCAGGAGAUGUAGAGUGCCUCUACUGGAUUCGGUUUUUGACCUACCACAUGGCCAAAGCCAACCUCUCCCAGGAGCUUUUUUCCCUCAUGUUGUCUUUGGAUUGGGUCGCCCUAAAGGCCAAGAUACUAGGUCCGGCUCAUUUGAUUAAUGACUUUGUGGACUAUGGACCCAUUCUAGACAAAGAGAAGAGCGAAGUGCUCAGUCAUUUCCAGGAGUUUUUGACGCUGAGUGGCCACCAGCUCGAGCAGCGUCCUUUCCCUGACGUAGUCCAGCUUGCUCUGUCGCAGCCGCAGACCUCGGAAGUCCACAAACAGGCUCUACAGCAGGCGCAGAACCGGGCCCGAAGCGGGAAACUCUACUUUGAUCUGCUAAGUAAAAGCGGUGCGGAGAGCCUGUGCCGUCUGGUGAUCCAACCUCAGCAGAGUUCCGUCUACGCUGCCUGCUUCUCCCACGAUGGGACCAAGAUUGCCUCCUGCGGAGCCAGCAAAACGGUCAAGGUGUUUAGAAGCACCUCCGGCGAGAAGCUCACGGAAAUCCAGGCCCACGAUGACGAGGUUCUCUGUUGCGCCUUCUCUCCGGAUGACCGCCUCCUAGCGACCUGCUCCAGCGACAGAAAAGUGAAGGUGUGGAACGUGGAGCGCGGCAUGCUAUUGAGGGCCUUUACCGAGGAGCACGAAGAGCAGGUCAACCACUGUCAGUUUACUAACACGACAAAACGCCUCCUGCUGGCCACCUGCUCCAAUGAUAAGUUUUUGAACGUCAAGCUUUGGAACCUCAACAAGCCUUCUUCACAGAACACCAUGUUCGGCCACCUUCAGCCCGUCAACCACUGCUGUUUCUCCCCCGACGAUGCCUACCUAUCCACCUCCUCCAACGACGGUACCGUCAAGCUUUUUCAGGCGUCCACCGCCAACGAGUGGAAGACCAUCAACGUGUGGCAAUGGUGCUCGAACGCCAGCGAGGAAGUCCCAGUCAAAUGCAGCACAUGGACAGCUGACGGCAAGUGUGUCGUGUGCGCCGUCCGCAGCGCCGUCCUGGUGAUGGACGUGGAGACGUCGCAGAUGCUGUUGGAGAUCAGACCGGGUCGUUUGAGCAUGGUGCAAUACUGCCACGCCUGUCCCACCAGCAACCUGCUGGCCAUCGCCUUCUCUAACUACGCGGUGGAGCUGUGGGACUUGGAGGCCAAUAAGAAAAUGGCGGACUGCAGCGGUCACCUGAGUUGGGUCCAACGAGUCCAGUUCUCCCCCGACGGCUCCCAGCUGCUCUCCUGCUCAGACGACCACACUAUCAGGUUGUGGGAGACGAACAAGGUGCACACCACCUCAGCGGUGCGUCUGAAGAGAGACGCUGAUGUUUACUUCAGCGACGCCGAAGCAGAAGGGUCGGAAGAAAUAGUGGUUUCGGCUGCAGACAACUGCAACAGGCUGCAGGUGCGUGAUGGCAGAGCGGGCGUGGUGCUGUUUCAGUCGGCGGAGAUGACGUCGCGGAUACGAUGUACCUGCGUGUGUCGGCAGCCUUUCGCUGUGGCUUUCGGUCAAGAGGACGGCACCGUGCAGGUGCUGGCCAUACCCUCUGGCAAGUUGCUUGCCACCCUGCAGGGACACACCAGGACGGUGCUGCACUGCCGGUUCGUCCACGGCGGCCAAACGCUGAUCACAUCAUCUGAGGACACCACCAUCAGGGUGUGGAAAUGGCAGACAUGUGAGUGUAAAGUGCUGCAGGGCCACAAGGAGCAAGUCAGAGGCUUUUCUUUGCUCUCAGACUCGCCUGCUGAGACAAGAUUGCUGUCCUGGUCCUUUGACGGGACGGUCAAGGUGUGGGAUCUUGGAAGCGCAGAAAAGCUGCAGGACGUGGAGGCUCACAGAGGAGCCGUCCUGUCCUGUCACGUCUCCCCUGAUGGACGUCACUUUGCCACCACCUCUGCUGACAAGACGGCUAAGGUGUGGCACAGUGAGUCUUGGCAGUGUGUCCACUCGCUUCGCGGGCACCAAGACUGCGUCAGGAGCUGUCGAUUUUCCUGGGACGGGCAACGACUCGCGACUGGGGACGACGGUGGUGAGAUACGGCUGUGGAGCGUGGAGGAAGGCUCCUUGUUGAAAGUGUGCACACAAGACGGAAAGGACGGAAUGGAUUCUCUGCACGGAGGCUGGGUGACCGACCUGCACUUUUCCCCAAACAACUCUCUCCUGGUGUCCACAGGCGGCUACGUCAAGUGGUGGGACGUGGACCGAGGCGAAGCCCUGCAGACCUUCUACCCGACGGGAAGCGCUUUGAAGAAGAUGCACGUGUCAGCUGACUUCUCCACGUUCGUCACCAUCGACAACAUCGGGAUCCUUUACGUCCUUCAAAGGGUGGCUUAAGUUAGCCCCACAGCCAGGACUUCAACACCAGCAUGAUAAAACACAAGUUUACAUCUAACAGGUCUUCUGGAUCAUUCAGAGCCGUUGAUCCAUUUUCUACCGUUUGUCCCUUGAGACGUGCACAAUUUUCAACACGGCUGUUUGUAAAUCAGCAUUUGUGAUUUUCCUCUGAGCCACUGGAAGUGCAUUAUUUGUGUAAUGUCACUUAUUGUGAUAUUUCUCCAGAGUACAGGCCUUAUUGUGGAUUACUGUAUUAUUAUGAAAUGUAACUAUAUGUGUAAGGCCUCAAUCAAAGCCUGUGAGAAAUAUUUACUAUUCUUAACUGUUUGUUAAAAUGUUUUCAAUGAUGAAAUGAAACCUUAAGUAUUUUUAUCUUACUAAUGUUUCUGCAAUUGAAAGCAGGACGACAAUCUAUCACAUUAGGGUAUUAUUGGUAUGACAGGGGAAAUAGUGCCUCUCGGUGACUUAUCAAGUACAGCCAGUAAGCAUGCACUAAAGGUAACAUUUUGUACAUUGUUUCGUAAUAUGUGCUCUUCUUUUGAAUGGUGCUUUAAUGUCCAAUCAUAUUUUCCUUCAUCUUGCUCAGGAUCUAUUAAUACUGUUAUGGUACUGUGUGAGUGUAAUGAACUUAAUGAGCCAUUAAAAUAUGUAUUUGUGUCAUUUUAAGCUAAGCUCUUAAAGCUAGCAUUUGGAGAACUUGAAGUAAAA